CCCUCUAAAGAGAGUUUCUUUCUGCUUCUCAUUCUCCGGCCAGAAGCGCCUCUGAACUUUACUGCACACGCGACACUUUUAUUACGGGUUUGGACUGAGAGACUCGCGCGCCAUCAGAGAGCUGAAUCAAGGACUAUAAGCGUUUCAGAAGGACACUGAAUCAUACAGGUGAACGAUGCUGUCCUUGCUUUUGCUGAGCAUGUGUUUCUGGGUCUUCUCCGUCACAGGGUCUUUCGAUUACGUUUACACUGAGCCUGAAAGCUCACUGAGCGUCAGCAUACCUAAUGAGCUUCCCCUCCGGCCUCUGAUGGGUGACACAUUAGUUCUGCCCUGCUACUUCCUGGACAACACAGUCAAUGACCCUGGUGCCCCCACCAAUGCUCCGUUGUCUCACCGAAUCAAAUGGAGCCUGGUCACCAAAGAAAAGACCACAAACAUUUUAGUGGCUUCUGAAGGGAUAGUAAACAUUGACAAAAGGUAUCUGGAUAGAGUCACCAUGCUGGGAUACCCCAUGACACCCACAGAUGCAUCCAUUAAGAUCACUGAGCUCCAUUCCAAUGAUUCAGGAGUGUAUCGCUGUGAGGUCAUGCAUGCGAUAGAGGAUAGUCAUGAUACUGUGGAUGUCCAAGUUCAAGGUAUUGUUUUCCACUAUCGUGCAAUCACCACACGAUACACCCUUACUUUUGAGAAGGCCAAGGCAGCAUGUAUUCAAAACAAUGCAGUGAUUGCCUCUCCGGAGCAACUCCAAGCAGCUUAUGAUGAGGGUUUCCAUCAGUGUGAUGCUGGCUGGCUCGCAGAUCAGACCGUCAGGUACCCUAUUCAUGAUCCUCGUGAGGCUUGCUAUGGAGACAAGUACCAAUUUCCAGGAGUAAGGACAUAUGGAGUAAGAGAUGUGAAUGAGACAUAUGACGUGUACUGCUUUGCUGAGAAAAUGACAGGAAAAGUGUUCCACACUACUUCCCCUAACAAAUUUACUUUUGAGGAGGCAGAAGCUGAGUGUACAAAGCUGGGUGCCAACUUGGCCACCACAGGACAGCUGUACCUGGCAUGGAAGGGUGGUAUGGAUGUUUGUAAUGCAGGCUGGUUGGCAGACCGGAGUGUCCGCUACCCCAUCAACAUCGCCCGACCACAGUGUGGGGGGGGACUGUUGGGAGUGCGUACCGUCUAUCUGUUUCCCAAUCAGACUGGUUACCCACUCCCAGACUCCCGCUAUGAUGCUUUUUGCUACUCUGAAAUGGGUGAGGAGGGUUCAGGCUUAUUUCCAUUUGAAUUCGAGAUGACCACAGAGGCUGAUCUUCUUAGGUUUGACACAUUCACCGAAACCCCCAAGGUCUUUUUAAAGCCCACCUCCACAGAAAAUGAACUACAGGGAGAAGUUGUAACUUAUAAGCCCGCAGUAACCACCAGUGUUGAGUUCCCAUAUACUGCACUAAAUAUUUCCCAGCUGCCGCUUUCACCACCUCCCAGCUCUACUGGAGUAGUUAUGGACAUUGUGGAAGGUGUCGCUGACAAGACUGAUCUUGGCUCGGAUUUAUCCUAUCUGAAUGGAAGUGAAGCUAUCAUGUCUGCCACAGGGGUGGUCUUUCAUUACCGUGCAAGCUCCAGUCGUUAUGCCUUUGACUUUGUGGAGGCUCAGCUCGCUUGUAAGAGCAUCGGGGCAGUCAUUGCCAGCGCCCAGCAGCUGCAGGCAGCCUAUGAGGCUGGUUACCAUCGAUGUGAUGCUGGCUGGCUCUUAGAUCAGACUGUCAGGUAUCCCAUUGUGUCUCCACGUGACAAAUGCUCUGGCGAUAUGGAGCAUUUUCCUGGUGUGAGGUCUUAUGGACUGCGUCCUGCCAAAGAACUCUACGAUGUGUACUGCUAUGUGGACAAACUGAGGGGCGAAGUUUUCCAUGCAAGUUCAUUCGAGGGAUUCACUUACAAUGAAGCAGUGGCUUACUGCCAGGACCAGAAUGCUACCCUGGCCUCCACAGGAGACCUGUAUGCUGCUUGGAAGCAGGGCUUUGAUAAGUGCCGCCCUGGCUGGCUUCUUGACCGCAGCGUACGUUACUCCAUCAAUAACCCCCGGCAGCAGUGUGGUGGAGGGAUGGCUGGAGUUCACACAGUUUACAUGUUUCCCAACCAGACGGGCUCUCCUGAACUGCACUCCAAAUACGAUGCAUAUUGCUUCAAGGUGGAUCUGGCUCUAUCUCCGAAUAAGAGAGUGAAAGAGGAAAAUAUAGUGAACAUGACAUCCUUGCCUGAUCUUCUCAGACCUAAGAGUAUCCCUAUCAUUACUUCAAUCCCUGUGGAACCGUCUGGAUCUGGUGCAUCUGGGGCCAGCAGCACCUACGAUCUGUUGAGCAGUGGGAGUGGGAAUCAGCCGAGUGGGUCAUCUAUUGCAAGUGGAGACUCCUCAGGGACCAGUGGCUCUGAUGAUACUUUGAGUAGUGGGAGCGGUUACCAGCCAAGUGGGUCAUUUGUUUCGAGUGGAGACUCUUCUGGGGCCAGUGGCACGGACGAUCUGUUGAGCAGUGGGAGCGGGGAUCUGCAGAGUGGAUCAUUUAGUUUCAGCGGAGACUCUUCUGGGGCCAGUGACACCGACAAUCUGUUGAGCAGUGGGAGCGGUGGUCAGCCGAGUGGAUCAUUCGGUUCCAGUGGAGACUCUUCUGGGACCAGUGGCACUGACGAUCUGUUAGACAGUAGGAGCAGGGAUCAGCCAAGUGGGUCAUUUGUGUCAAGUGGGAGCGGGGAUCUGCCAAUAAUCUUUUCAGAAAGUGACACAGUUUUAUCAGGAUUUGGAUCAGCUUCAGGGAAACCCGAGGAGGCUGGGAAGGGAGUCACCGAGAUCCUCACCUUCCCCUUCGACCAGAGUGUGGACACUUCUGGAUCAGGAUCAGGCAGUGCAGGGUAUGGCUCUGAAGAAAGUGGAUCUACCUCAGACAUUUCCAGCAGCUCAGGAGAAAGCGACGAGAGUGGAGAUCUUUCUGGCAUCUCCUCAGGAUCAGGUUCCAGUGAGGAGUCCUCAGGACUCAGUGGUUUCCUGUCAGGAAUUUUCCCCUCUGGAGGAUCCAGUGGCAUUUCAUUAAUUGAUGGCAGUGGCAUCAUCAUGGUUAUACCCACAACAAUUAUAGAACAAGAGUUAGGUGGAAGCCAUGUGGAUUUCAGCGGAUCAGGACAUACCUCAGGCUGGAUGAGCAGUGAUAUCUCUGGAAUGAGCGGUGAUAUCUCUGGGAUGAAUGAUGAUAACUCUGGCAUGAGUGGUGAUAUAUCUGGAAUAAGCGGUGUCCAUAGUGGCUCUGGGAGUGGUUUAACAUUUUCUGGUCUAAAAUUUUUGGAGUCUGGCUUCAUUGAUCUCACAGAACAAUCUCGUGAACAGGAAGCUUCUGGGCUUUUGUUUUUUGGGUCUGGUGAGGGAAGUGGAUUUACAUCUGGAGGCUAUACCAUUGAAUCAGGAGAAAGAUCAGGGGAAUUAGUUAGCGGGGAUAUCACCUUCUUUACCAAUAAUGGCAUGAUGGAAAUACCCAACAAGCCCCUCCAAGGAAUGGAGCUAGGAAGGGGAGAGGUGGAGUAUAGUGGCAACGUCCGGCUGUCCUCAGGUAGUGGAGAUGACCAAAAUGAAUCCACGGUGAACUGUGAUGCUCCUUCAGCUGUACUACUUGCUCAAGGGCCAUCAGGCCUGUACAGUGAUGCUGCAGGGUCUUAUUCAACACCAGAGGGAAUCAUCAGUCAACUUGACGCUGUUACUUCUGCAGCUUUGUCUUCUACCACACAGCCUGCCUCUUUGCAGGGUCCAUCUCUCACCGAAGCACCUGAUAUGAAUGGUGAGAUUCCUUUUUUGCAUAAUAUGGGCUGA